GGCGCUUGCCAGCAGCCCAGAUGCAUCUGAGACUCUUGGCGUUUGUGAUGUCCUUUUUGUGUGAGGUGGUCCGGGUGGGGUCCGGCGUCCUGCAGAAGCAGAGCGCUCCCACGGAGACAUCAGGCGACCGCAAGAGCUGUCUGGAGUGCUCGAAGGACAACGGCUGCAUUCGCUGCCAGAAGGGCUUCGUCCUGUUCCUGCAGAGGAAGGGGAUGUCCCACCACGGGACGUGUCUCCAGUUGUGCCCCGCUGGACACUUUGAACAGAAGGGCAGGGACGGGAACCACUGCAUGAAGUGCCGCUCCUCAGACUGCGAGCACUGCUUCAGCCGGGACUUCUGCACAAAGUGUAAAGUGGGCUUCCAGCUGCACAAAGGCAAAUGUCUGACCCGCUGCCCGGAGGGAACCAUCGCCCGGCAGGCCGACUGCUCCGAGGACUGCCCCCCCGCCGCCCGGGGGGCGUGGAGCGAGUGGAGCGUCUGCGCCCGGGACGGCGCCACCUGCGGGUUCCGAUGGGGGAAGCAGACCAGGACCCGGGAGGGCGUCCAGCCCGACAAGGACACCUCCCUCUGCCCGUCGGAAAGCGAGACGCAGAGGUGCAGGAUGAAGAAAAAAUGUCCCACAG